AUGGGAUUUUUGAGUGGUGUGCUUGGUGCGGUGAAAAACACUCAGACAUACAAUGCCGGUAAAAACACAUUAAAUUCGGUAAGUAAUGAAAUAAAGAAACAUCUUUGCUCAGGUCACGAUGGUUUCACUAAGCUUCUUCCCAUUCUGACUCAGGGGAUCGAGAGGUACAACAUAGAAGUGAGAGAGUCCAAUGAGAAAGUUAAGAAGCCCAUUGAAGACUUGUUAAAUCAGGUGGGUGAUGCAUUUAAAGACAAGGUACAAAAUAUACUGUCGCAGGAAACAGAUUAUGAGAAUGUCGAACAAGUCAAGGCGGCGGAGAAGCAGAUUAAGAACAUGUUUCGAGACGAGAUAAAAACAUUCAAUAACACGUUUAAUAACGCAUAUAAUUUCACUACUAAAAUUGAAAAAACAGACAUGAAAAUUGCAAUUCACUACUUAAAUUCCUCGUUGCAGCUUAGAGUGAAACACGGCGUCAGUAACGUGGCCCAUGAGAUUAAGCGGCUAGAGCAGGUGGCGGAUAAGGAGAGUAAGGCGCUUGAGGAGACAAAAAAGAAAAUAAGCGCUACACUUAGUACGUUGACGUCGGACGUAGAUUGCAAAAUUGAUGCGCAGAUUCAGGCGUUUGUUAGACGGGUCAAGGAGAUGGUUAACGUCAUAUUGAAUGAACUUACCAAAAUAAACAGUGAGCUGCUACAGCACAUUGACACGUUGCAGAAUUGGAUUGCCAAGGCCGAUAAUGUUAUCAAGGAAUCGUUGAAGAAAGUUGAUGAGGUAUUGAAGGAGGUUAAGUGGGAUGACCCAAAUAAAUUCCCUAAGAAAAUUGAAGAAGUAACAAAUUUUAUUAACAUAUAUGCUGGAGGGCUUUACAAUGCUGGAAAGGCGGUUACAGAACAUAUCUCCGGUUGGGUGGAUAUUGCAAAGGACAAAAUUACUAAGUUGGAGACUGGGCUAAAGGAUGAUUUGGUUACGGUGAGGGAAGCGAUUAAGGCUAAAGUCACUGCAGUCAAGAAUGAGAUAGGAAAGCUGUGCAAUAUUGUUAAAGAAGGGAGAUUAGACAGCGAAAUACAAGCAGGAGAUAAGAAAAUCGCAAAGGUUAUCGAAGCAAUUGAAGCACAAAUUAAAGAUAUCAAAGGAGAAGAAGGCGCUGGUAAUGGACUGCAAUGGAUCGUCACUGCAUUGCAGGAGUAUGCAACGAAAUUUACAAAUAAGACGUUCGAAGAAUUGGUUUUGAAGGAAUGGAUGAAUGACAUUUUGGAAUCCCAGGGAAUUGUAGAUGCGGCUCUAACACAGUAUGCUCAAACUAACAUUGGUUCUUAUUUUCGCGCUCAUGGACAAACUACCGUAAAAGUAAAUGUCAAAAGGCAUGUUAGAAAAGUUCUUGACGUGAGGCUCAAAUCUGUUAUUGCCGGAAUUGAUACGCUCAACCAUUCCAAUUCCCGUGAGGUCAGUGUUAAUUUAAAUAGCAUUAAGAACUUUCUUUCUUCUUUAGCAACACAGCUGACAAACGCUAUAAGAUUCAAAACUAUUGAAGUAACAUCAAUAAUACGUGAUAUAGAAAAAGAGUAUGGAAAUGAUGACGAACUUCAGCACUCAUCUGUCGGAGUAAGCCAUGAACAAGAAGAUCUUCAGAACGCUGUUAACAGCAUCCUCCACCAGCUCAUCGGCCGUGCACAAGGCGCUGCUCAAAAAAUUGGUAAGCUUAUUGACGAAUGCCAUUUCGCUAACGUGGGCAGUGAGUUCGCUGCGGCAAGUGACCUACAUAGAAAUAUCAAUAUGGCGAUUGGGAGAAAUAAUAGCGGCCUACCCAAUAACGGACCCAACUAUGCCGAAGAAGUCGACGAAGCGGUCGAAGCCAUGACGGGAAUUUUAGAAGAACAGUUGCCUUUGGAUAACCGCGGUAGUGUGUCCCUUGCGCACUUUACGAAUUCUUUCAGCAGAGGCAGCCGAGGAAAGUGCAGAAAGGAUCAUUUAGACGACGCGAUAGAAGAUAUGAAAACGCAAACGACAGCCAACUUGUCAUCCAUCGACGACUUCAAUACUAAAGCUACGGAAAAAGUCACUGAAGUUACCACCAAACUCAACCAACUGUGCAAUGAGAUUAUUAAAUUAGCGGGGCCCGGAAGCUAUCGGGAUGGUCUACAGAGCAAACUUAAUGAAUUGAAAAAAGUGUAUUUUGCGGAGUUGAGUGAAGGACCUCACGCCGCGAAAAACAGCAUCAACAAAAUCAAGCAGGACCUCAGCGACCUGCAAAAUGAACUGCAUACUGGCCCUAUUGCGAAAACUAAAGAUUUAGUUGCAUUCCUCACAAAAGCCGAAACAGACGUCGCCAAAGCGCUCAAAGAAGAGGUACACGGGGACAUCAAAAACGCCGAAACUACACUCACCACAUUUGCCCGCAAGCAGUAUGUUUGCGCUAUCAAAGAGUUGUUCACAUCGUUUGCCGAAAGGGUGAAGAAGGAAUUCCAAUCUCUACUUGAACCCAUUGAUAAGGAUUUGAUUAUUGGUAUGAAAGGUUUUAUGACAAAGAUGGAAUCGCAUUUCGUCAAGUAUAACAAUCGGCUCGAGGACAUUGCGAACAUUCCCAAAACAUCCUCUCCAGGCACACUAUCGCCUGUCAGCCGAGCUGCAAAUAUGUUCAUUGAUGCAUACAGAACAUUUGUCCGCGAAGUUAAAACGCAGACAGAUUUCACAUCCGACUUUAGGAAGAUCAAACCGUCACAUGACGCUCUUACCAAAUUACUGGACGGCCUCAACGCAUCGAAGCACUUCAACUAUAAGUUCGAAGAAAACCUGCAUGAACUGAAGAAUACAUUCAAAACUUUCAACCCAUCGACAUUCGGCGAACCCACGACUGCGCUGUCACAGUGUCUCAAAGAGGGCAUCCGUGCGCUGCUCACCGAGCUCGACAAGGCGUACAUUAAUCGGUACUCCGGCAGAGUCUUGGAUUGGACCGAUGCCACUGAGCAACGAAACUGCGCCAAACUGCUGUUCACCAUCAUCUUCACGCUGCAAGAGGACAUUGAUCGACUGCGUAAAGAGUGUAUCACCGGUGGUCGCUGGAGUGACCAGAGGCUGUACGAAAAUGAGAAACGCGAAGAAAAUCCGCUUGGUAAAUUCUUCAAGCGCUGCGGAUUCCAGGUGGCCAAAAAUGAAGAUUCAAAGACUGGCGAGCUGAAAUACCCGUCGUACCACUUCACCGGUAAAUCCGUCUACGAGAGGCUUCUAGACCAGGGGGUUGCGGAGCCAGCGUUAAUCAAACAUCUCAGUAAGUGUGAAUCGAAUGAGAGCAAGAAGCCCGAUCACUUCAAUCUAUUUGACCUCCUUAGUUGCCUUCUGCAUCAUGUCGAGAAGUACAGUGAAGUGUGCCACAUCCCAAUUCGCCGCAAACCACGACAACCCUGUAAUGUAUACGAAAUGCUUGUAUGGUGCUCCGGACUCACGUAUAAUGCCGUGUACCCAACUAUGCUUGAUGUGACUCUCACUGACUUAUUCGUUGACCCUAAAAAAGCGAAUGCCGGCGACGGCCCCUCCGCAACGGAUAUCAGCGUCGCAUCCAUAGAAGCUUACCCAGCGAACAUAACUUAUGACGCUUUACGACAAGCGGUGGUUGACACGUGUUCCGCAUCGUACGAUAUCCUCUGCAAAGUUGUCGGUCACGGAGACGCGUUUGCGACGUACGGCAUUGACUUCUGCACCAACACCGCAAAUUUGUAUUACCCUAGCGCGGGAGACGAUUGCCUACAGAUGUUGCUCGAGGUCACCCGUAGAGUUAUCCCUCCGCUUAAGUAUUUGUUGCAGCAGUGCAGCCUAGAUUCGCAAUGUUCCGGUUGGCGCGAAUGUCAGUACGGCAGGGAUAUCAUGUCAUCUAGGCAACCCUGCAAGGAGCACGCCAACGAGGGAUCGAUUUGCAGGCCCACAUCGCCACUUAUGUCGUACCUUAGUGAUACGUUACCCGGCCACCUACCUCACCACGUUACAUCAAUCGGCUGCAAAUCGGUAUGCAGCAACUGUCCCAAGGGCCUGCCCGGAAUGCCCUGUAUCACCCCUCUCGGAUUUAGAGGCUACUCCGGAAGUACACGGAUGGGCAAAGAGCUAUGUGAAGUGCUGACCAAAUUGCUAGGUAACAAGCUGACUUCAUCGUUGUCCUGCUUGUUUCCCAAGCCGCCGUCCAAUCUACCGGAGCAUCUCAGCUUCGCGCUAUCUCUUACUAAUGGCUGGCAUAGUGGUGUGUCGAAUUCAAAGACACAUGUAAUACAAGAUGCAUUUUCAGCAUCCAUCGCUAAGGCCACGAUAAACCUACAUGACCAACGCAGUGACUUCACCGAUGCCCUGCGUGAUGCGUACGGCAGCACCCGGGACGCGCAUGAAGAUCGUAAUCAUAAUCCUAUAUCGGCCGACUUGCGCAGUCUCUCGAUGACGCAGUCAUGUACAAGUCAUCCAUGUGGCCCGUACCUUCAAUCCUUGAGCGGUGACUCAUAUUCAUUGCUUGCUCCCAAACACGCUGGUCUCUACCUGUCAUGGGCGACAUACCUCCCGUGGACGUUUCACGAUUACCUUAAAUCGCUGUUUACAGAAUAUCAACAGAUUUUCUGCAGGGACUGGGGAUGCCGUAGAUGCCAGCGUGGAGAUGGAUGCAGGCCGGGCCACCAUGGCAGUUUUGACAACCCUUGUCAGUGUAACUCUCUGGUAUCAUGCAAAGGUGUUUCAGCCACGCUUUACAAAUGUGGAUUCGCAUUCGGUGAUGCGGCUGCGUUAAAUGAAAAAACUAACGCAAGAACAUGUACGAAAUUUGGCGUACUGUUGAAGAGAGUUAUGGACUCCAAAUACUUCGUCGCGUUGUUCAAGCAGUGUGACGAACUGCUGUUCAAAAUCCGCGCCCCCUUCAUCUGGCUCAACGUCGCCCUCUGGCUCCUCUCUGUCCUCUACCUCAUCCACAUCAUGGUCAUCCGCCUCGACCUGCUACACAUCAAAUCGCAUCUACAUAGUCCCUCGAGUCAUCGCAUCGCUGCUCAAUCGCUACUUGCGGCUGCGCGUGUUAACAAGCUUAACAGAGUGUUUUAUCUGCAACCAUAA